ACUCUGAAAGUUUUCGUGAUACAGUGGCAAGUGUUAUCAGUCAUCAUGCACCAUUUCUCCUGAAUAAAAAAGGGGACAGAACAAUUAACCCCCCCCCCCCCCCCUUCAAAGAAGACGUGUGGGAGCUCGGAGGCGGAUUUGGGGGUAUUUUGCCAGUGUUAGACUUUUUAACCAGUAGUUUGUAAAUUGACAAUCUCAUUGUAGCAGCUGAUAUCUGUGCUGUUUUAAACUCACAAUAGAAAUAAGAGACUGGUACGAAACCCACGAAGACGUCGUAGGGAAUUUAGGGAAAUUGCGUAGUAAAGAACCGGUGUGCCGAUCUUGUCAUUUGUGGUUCCAAAUCGACAACUUUAUCUCCUCAAAUACUACAUUUUCCAACAUUUGCAGACACAAUCAAAUCAUGGCAUCGUCUAACAAAGAACACUUCAGGUUAUUCAAGAACAAGGCACUGGACGCAGAAGAACUGAGGAGAAGAAGAGAAGAAGUUGGAAUUCAGCUAAGGAAACAGAAGAGAGAAGAACAGCUUUUUAAGAGGAGAAAUGUAGAUGUUGUCUUAGAACCACCCGACAUCACUGUCCAAGAUAACUACAUCACAUCAUCUCAGAAUUCAGUCACCCAGGACAUGGUUGAAAGAGUAAUGUCGGAUGACCCUGAGGCACAACUUAAUGCUACACAAAGGUUUAGGAAACUACUAUCAAAAGAGCCUAACCCACCAAUCGAUGAAGUCAUUCAGAUGGGUGUUGUUCCAAGGUUUGUUCAAUUCCUCCAGGCUGAAACCAACAGUGUCCUCCAGUUUGAAGCUGCAUGGGUGCUGACAAACAUCGCAUCCGGUACCACCGCCCAGACGGGAACUGUUAUUGAUGCAGGUGCUGUACCAAUCUUUAUACAACUGCUUCAGUCUCAAUACGAAGAUGUCCAGGAACAGGCUGUAUGGGCUCUAGGUAACAUUGCAGGAGACAGUGCAGAAUGUAGAGACCGUGUCCUGAGCUGCGGUAUCCUCAUCCAUCUACUAGCGGUACUUUCAAAAUCCAAUAGGCUUUCAAUGACUAGGAAUGCUGUAUGGGCCCUGUCCAACCUGUGCAGAGGAAAGAGCCCCCCUCCAGAUUUCAAACAAGUAUCCCCAUGUCUACCAGUGUUAUCCCGUCUACUGUUCAGUAGCGAUCAAGACGUUCUAGCCGACGCCUGUUGGGCACUCUCCUAUCUAUCAGAUGGACCUAAUGAAAAGAUCCAGGCUGUAAUUGAUAGCGGGGUCUGCCGCAGACUUGUAGAACUACUCAUGCAUUCUUCCAAUAGUGUGGUCUCAGCUGCCCUGAGAGCUGUAGGUAAUAUAGUCACUGGUGACGAUGUCCAAACACAGGUGGUAUUAAAUUGUUCAGCCCUUCCCUGCCUUCUAAGCCUCCUAAGUAGCUCCAAAGAAUCCAUCCGAAAGGAAGCAUGCUGGACGAUAUCCAACAUCACCGCUGGUAACCGCGGACAGAUACAGGCUGUGAUUGAUGCUAAUAUCAUCCCAACGCUAAUAGAAAUCUUGGGUAAGGCAGAAUUUAAGACUAGGAAGGAGGCAGCCUGGGCCAUUACCAAUGCUACGUCCGGAGGUCGCCAUGAACAAAUCAGGUACAUCGUUAACCAGGGUUGCAUCAAGCCUUUGUGUGACCUCUUGACCGUAAUGGACACCAAGAUCGUCCAGGUGGCCCUCAACGGACUGGACAAUGUCCUCAAGCUUGGUAAGAGCGAUAGUAAGGACACCGGAACUCCCAACAAGUACGCCCUCUUGGUAGAGGAAUGUGGUGGUCUCGACAAAAUCGAGUUCCUCCAGAGCCACGAAAACCGGGAGAUUUACCAACGAGCCUUCGAGAUCAUCGAACACUACUUCAGCGCUGAUGAGGAAGAUGAGAAAAUUGUUCCAGAGGUCAACGCAGAGGCCCAACAGUACAACUUCAACCCACAGAACAAUGCCCAAGGUUUUGAGUUCUAGACCACCGGUCCUUGCAUUCAGGCAGAGGGGUGUGAAGUAUAACCCCUUCGGCCAGGGGUAUUAACUAUUACCCCCCCCCCACCCUUUGUACAAUGGAAUCUUAAGUGUAUACAGAAUAUGUGAAUAAUUGGGGUACAGUACAUAUACCAUGUUUAUUGUAAGAGUUCAAACAUCCAUAGGUGCACUACCAAGGUUCACUUGGGGAAUUUCAGUUUUUAAGUCACAAAAAUCAAUUUUCAACUGAGACGGUACAACGUGAAGAAAUGCUUCGAAAAUACUGGAUGAUGUAAUAAAAACAAACUUUAUAGUUGAUCAGUACAACUCUUAUGAAAAUAUGAAAUUCAAGUUAACCUUUUCAUCAUGGAUAAGAUAUUGCUCAAAAUUUUGAUGUCACAAUUGCAUUUGAAGGGUGGAAUUUAAGGGAAGAAUUUGUACUUUUUCAAUGAAAUGAACGAAACGAAUCGGUCUUUUCUCAUGUAAAAAAAUUGUGGGAAUUUGGAGGAGGCAUUCUUGCUAAAGACAUCAUCUUUACAAAUUGAUGCAUGUCAUUAUCAAAUAUUUUGAUGGCGGAUGAUCUUAAGUUUGAGUGGAAAGAGAUAAUUCGAGAGUUGGGUCAAUGACCAAAAUAUUGUGAUUGAAAAAUUGCAGUCUACCUGUAUGAAGAACGUGAGAUGCAUCAAAGAAAAAGAACAUACUUGGAGAAAUAAGGAUAAAAAGGUACAUUACAUUGUUUUCAAUUUCUGACCCGAUUUAUACCUUUAAGUAACAAUGUGACCAAGUGGAAAAGUUAAAAAAAAAAAUAUGAAGAUUGGAGAAAGAAAGACAGACCGUAAAAUCAGCACCUGUACAUAUAUGAUAGAGUCAUUUGUAAAAUUCAUCAUACUCUGUUAUGUAUUAUAGAUUAUGAGUGUGCAUGUAUAUAUACAGUCAUGGGGAUUGGUAUUCCAGUUUCUCUGAGUUCCUCUCUUUUAUUUUAUUCUGAUUGCACAUCAAGUUUCUUCUUUCAAACAGGUACCAAAAUACUGCUUUAAAUACCAGAAUUUUAAAGGUAAAUCCAGAAGUAAAGACUAGAUUCACAAGAAUGGUGCUGACUUGACAAAUAGUCCUGUGGCCUGUCUUGUCUCUCAGUCUCACAAUGUGUUCUUUCACUGUAUAUCUUGCCUUGUGCUCCGAAAGAGAAGUGUAUUUUUAAAGCAAUAUGUGACCUACUCUUUUAAGCUCCGGGCUGCCGCCUUCCUUAUUUAAAGGCAUUGGCUAUUCAAGGUUAGUAGAGCUUGAUUUUGUGGAGUCUGUUUACAAAUGAAAAAUCUAUUGUCUUUUGAAAAAAAAAAAUCUAGUAUUGCAUUACAUUGAGUUUUGGGCAUAUCUCCUGUAUAAAAACACAAAUGUACGUGUACAUUACCCACCAUUGUGUGCAGCGUGCGUGGUACACUUUCUGUCAUUACAUACCAUUUUCCCUGUAGAUUCUUCACAUUCUAAGUUUGCAUUGUAAAUACCAUGCAUAUAUUCACAUAACGGACACUAAAGAAAAUGAAUGUAAUCUAUUUCCACACGAUGGGGAAACUGCUGCAAGUUGAGAGCUAUAUCUAAAGUGCUAUUUACUACUUUUUCCGCAGGGUUACGGUUAGACCUCGAUGAAAGCGUGACUAACCCUACAAGCUUCCCAAAGAUUAUCUUGUGUUUUAAUACCUCUAGAACAUAUUUGAAAAAAAAAAUAGAUUAUCUGCCUUAUUAUUAUGAUGGUAUAUUCUGCCUUGUGGAUGAGAUUAUCAUGUAAUCCUCCCACGGCAUUAGGUCAGAUGCUAUGAUAAUAUAUAAACAGUAUACAACUUAAAAAAAUAGGAAAAUCAGAAAAUUGAAAAAAAAAAUGAAACUAAUUAAUGUGAAUAAAAAGUGU